AUGCUUUGCGCCUGCCCCACAUAUUUCCGGGAAUCCGAAUCCAAUUCAACUUUCUGCAAACAUGUAAGGAGGUAUUCGACAGAGAUAAAGAGGCAGUUGCCGCAAGAAUGCAAUGCCCAAAAAUACCAUACAUCUUCUCAACAUUCACUUGAAGUUCGCACGUUUCUCGUCAACAUGGUCGGAUUUGAUAUGUGUGGAUUGACCCCCGCUCCGGUCACUCCUUUCACUCAAGAUGGUGCUGUGGACUACGAAGCCAUCCAGCGUCUUGGCUCCUGGCUCGGCAGUAUCGAUGGAGUGAAAGGUCUCGUGGUUCUUGGACACGCUGGCGAGGGCACAUUUCUUACCGCCGAGGAGCAAGUCUCAGUCAUCAAAGCGUUCGUCAAAUCGGUUGAUGGCAAAGUCCCAAUUAUUGCUGGCAUCACGGGUGAAGGCACCGAAGUUGCCGCCCUCGAGGCCAAGCGAGCAAAAGAAGCUGGAGCUGCUGCUGGGCUGCUCUACCCGUCUCACGGCUGGUUGCGCUUCGGAUACCAACGUGGUGCCCCUCAACAUCGGUACCGUCGUGUGUAUGAAGUCUCUGGCCUGCCUUUGAUCCUUUUCCAGUACCCUGACAACACAAAGGCCACCUAUGAUUUGCAGACCAUGCUGGACAUUGCUGCCCAGCCCGGAUGCUUUGCCAUGAAGAACGGCGUGCGCAACAUGCGCCGAUGGGACACAGAAAUUCCCAUCAUUCGGGCUCAACGACCUGAUCUGCAAAUUCUCUCAUGCCACGACGAAUACCUUCUCCACACUGCAUUCGAUGUCGACGGUUUCUUGGUUGGUUACGGAAACAUCGCCCCCGAGCCUCUUAUCGAGCUCAUCAAGGCCGGAAAGGCCAAGGACUAUAAGAAGGCACGGGAGAUCCAUGAUCGGCUCUUGCCUGUCACUAAGAGCGUAUAUCACCGUGGAUCUCACAUGGAGGGCACUGUUGCACUCAAACAUGGUCUUGUUGCUCGCGGAAUUCUGGAACACGCCACUGUUCGCUCGCCUCUUUUGCCCCUUGAGCCUGGUGCGGAGCAGGAAAUUCAUGCUGCUAUCAAUGCUGCUUCACUCAGUAAGGUGGUAGUAUGA